CCAUCUGUCAAAGUCAAGCAAAACCAUCGCCGUCGUCGUCGUCCGCGGAUCGAAAUCGCGAAGGACGAAGGAUCUUCUUGUCGCAAAAAGAAUCGAAAUUUCGGAAAAAUAGCAAAACCGCGGACUGUCGCAAUGUCGGGACGCCGGAACCACUUCGCGGAUCAGAGCCAAAAUCGUCGCGAGUGUUUUGAGACUCCUCCGCCGCGGGUGUGUUGAAGUUGGAGUGAAUAAAAAGUGGUUCCAAGGAAGGAAGAAAAGGGAGAAAAAUUGCCAUUGACAAGUGCGCGGCCUCCUUUUUGGUGGCCUCUAAUGGCCGUGAGAAUUUGCAGGGAAAAGAGGAUAAAAUUCGUGUUGGAGCAGGGAACCGGGCCGCAAUGGUAACAACCUUGACGACGCAGCCCGGAUUUACGUUACAAAGGAAGAACCCAAAGCAGCACCAGCGGGGAUCGAUUCCUGCCGGAGGAGGAGGACGACGAGGAGGUUCAGGGCCACCAGUUCCGGAACAGUAGAACCUUCGGAAGGAUGUCGGUCGAAACGGACGACACGGACGACGAGCAGCAGCAGCUGGCGCUGGAUCCGCUGUCCCAGCUCGAGGAGGACCUGCGGAACAUCCGGUCGGUGAUUCUCGUCACGCGGGAGAACAUUGACGCGUUGAACGCCAAGUUUGCCGACUUUCAGCAGCCGCCGGCCCUCUAUCUGGAGGAGUACCAGGAGCUGACCUCGAAGUUGCACGAUCUGGAAACGAAGGAGCAGGACCUGGGCGAGCGGAGGAGUCAGAUGCGGGCGUCCCAACAACAGCAGCAGAGCGCAGAACGGGAAUCGACCAGCGAACCGAGCGAGCCGCCCGAUCCGGCCGAGGAGCGAGUGGAGGUUGACAGCAUGUGCGGCACGCUGAGUCGCUCCUCGAAAAUGCUGCUGCGCGCCCAUCUGCCCAACCAGCAGCGCACCUCGGUCCAUCUGAUUCCGGGAAUGCGGCUCAAGGACGCCCUGGCCAAGGCCCUCAAACGGCGCAACCUGACGGCGGACAUUUGCGAGGUGACCUCGUCCAACAGUGACUACCCGAUUCCGUGGGACACGGACGUGUGCGAUCUGCACUGCGAGGAGGUCAUCGUGCGCAUCCUGGACAUUGGCUUCCCCACGUACAUCUCGCACCAGUUCAUCCGGAAGACGUUCUUCUCGUUGGCAUUUUGCGAGUGCUGCCGCCGGUUGCUGUUUACCGGAUUUUACUGCAAUCAGUGCAAUUACCGGUUCCACCAGCGCUGCGUGGACAAGGUGCCGUUGGUGUGCAGCAAGCGCCACAUGGACAACACCUUCUACCACCAUCUGCUGGCCAAUCCGGAGAGUACGGUGGGGAUCAUCAACCCUGGGACGGGCGGUUACAGCACCAGUCUGCGGCAUCCGCGCUCGCUGAAUCCCCAGGAUCGGUCCAACUCGGCACCGAAUGUGUGCAUCAACAAUGUCAACAUGAAGCCGCUGUUCGGGCUGGACGCCGGCCGGCCGCUGCUCAAUCGGGGGCCGUUGCAGGCCCAGUCCAACCAGGAGCACUCACAUUCCACGCAGGCAUCGCCGACGAACACGCUGAAGCACAGCAAGCGACCGCGGGCCCGGUCGGCAGACGAAAGCAAUAAGAACCUCCUGUCGCCGCGCGAUCCCAAGCAGUCCGAGGAGAACUGGAACAUCCAAGCGGAGGAGAUCCUGAUCGGCCAGCGCAUCGGUUCGGGCUCGUUCGGAACGGUGUACAAGGCCCACUGGCACGGUCCGGUCGCCGUCAAGACGCUGAACGUCAAAACGCCGAGCGCGGCCCAGCUGCAGGCGUUCAAGAACGAGGUCGCCAUGCUGAAGAAGACACGCCACUGCAACAUCCUGCUGUUUAUGGGCUGCGUGAGCAAACCUUCGCUCGCGAUUGUAACGCAGUGGUGCGAGGGCAGCAGUUUGUACAAGCACAUUCACGUGAAUGAAACCAAGUUUAAGCUGAACACGUUGAUCGACAUUGCGAGGCAGGCGGCGCAGGGGAUGGACUAUUUGCACGCGAAGAACAUCAUCCAUCGGGAUCUCAAGUCGAACAACAUCUUCUUGCACGAUGACUUUUCGGUUAAGAUCGGGGAUUUCGGUCUGGCGACGGCCAAGGUGCGGUGGUCUGGAUCGCAGCAGUCGAACCAACCGACGGGGAGCAUUCUGUGGAUGGCGCCGGAGGUGAUCCGGAUGAAGGAACAGAACCCGUACUCGUUCCAGAGCGACGUGUACGCGUUCGGCAUCGUGCUGUACGAAAUGUUGACCGAAUCGCUGCCCUACAGCCACAUCAACAACAAGGACCAGAUCCUGUUUAUGGUCGGCUGUGGAAAACUGCGGCCCGAUCUGACCAAGGUCCGCUCGGACUGCCCCCAGGCGUUGAAACGCUGCGUCGAGGACUGCAUCAAGUACAGCCGUGAGGAGCGGCCGCUCUUCCGCCUGCUGCUGAACAUGCUCGAGAACAUGCUGCGCACGCUGCCCAAGUUCCACCGCAGCGCGAGCGAGCCCAACUUUACCCAGACGCAGCUCCAGAACGACGACUUCCUGUAUCUGUGCUCGAGCCCGAAGACGCCGGUGGCGUUUCACAACUUUCAGUUCAACAACGGCUUCGGUAACAUCUAGCGCGCUGCUGCGACGAAGAGGUUGGGCGUCGUCGUUUCGGUGAGAUUCUAGUUAUUCGAGGGACAAACUCUUUUUAAUCGCGACUUGCGGGAGAUUCGGGACGAAGUGCGCGCGCGACCGGGUUGGUGUAAAUAGGAUGGAUAGAUGGAGCUUGGAAGUGCGCGCGCGCGCGUCUGAUUCGCAGCCCAAGUCAUGUUACUAUGUCAAGUUAGGUAAACGAUAUCUUUAUUGUGGGGGGACGCAGGUUGGAAAUUCAUCAUCACUUGAACUGCUUUUAAUUUUCCCGUUUAGUUUCUAUGCUGUCCGUGUGUACAUAUGUAUUUUUCGUUUUUAGUUAAUUUUGUUUUGGCACACGAUUAUUUUGUGUUUCCAGCAUAGCCGAAAAUAACAAACCUGUCGACGAUUUCAUUAGUAUUAGGUUCGAACAGUUGAGGUCCGUUUGCAGCUUUUUGCGUUGUUUUAGUUUGUUUAGGAAGAGAGAGAGAGAGAGAGAGAGAGAAAGAGAGAUUGUGUCACACUUAAUAUUCUUAACGUUUUGUUAGCAGAGAUUAUGCCGUUUGCGUUGAGAUUAUACCGUUGUCGAUUGGUUGAUUUUUACUUUAGGGGACGUUUAAAUAAACAUUUAUGUCAAAAACUUAAUUUUCGGGGUUCUAAACGAUGAUAAUUUUAGUUAAAUUUUAGUGUUUUCUGUCGGCAUGUUGUUGUACAAUUCCUGGUACAUAUAUUUCAUAAACUGAGUAAAGAAUUCCAAUUAAGGUAGUUGCAAAUAUGUUUUGAAGUUUAUGUCCCUCGACUCUGACCAAAAUCGAUUAGGGAGGGGUGCAAAAAAUACAGAAAUAUAAAAAAAUGAAAUGACAAGCCAUGGUUUCAACAUUUUGAUGAAAAUCGUGGGUGAGCUCGCCGAAGAGCUCGCCCGAUCUACAAGAAGGGGGACAAGUUGGAAUGUGAGAACUAUGGAGCCAUCACUAUUCUCAACGCGGCUUACAAAGUGCUGUCUCAGAUCAUCUUCUGUCGUCUUUCGGAGAGAGCAAAGGAUUUCGUUGGGACGUACCAAGCCGGUUUGGUGGAGGAGAAAUCGAAGAUGGACGUCACGAGUACCGGACGCACCACCUGUUCAUGGAUUUCAAUGCAGCGUACGACUUGGUCAAACGCGAAGAGCUAUGGAAGAGCAUGUACGAGAACGGCUUUCACGGAAAGCUGCACGGCGUGAAGAUCUCGGGUG